UCGCGACGCUGACGGCGCUCACUUGAAUUCUCGCCGCGUGUCCGUUGGCCGACUCGCCGUCAAGUCCCAUUCGGAGCAGAGUUUGAAACGCGACGGAGCCGGAAGUAGCGCGCUUCCGCCACCAAUCCUUCCGUCGUACGAGAUCGACAUGUCUUUUUAGAUAACAGAGAUAUAUCCCUUCAGAUCGUUAUACUCGAUUCCGUCGUUCUUCUCUGUCAUCGAGCUUCACGAGGUUAAUUAGUUAUUUCUAUAAUCGAGCUUUAAUAGCUUCGAUACACUUGGUCGAGUUAUGUGGUGCGCGGGUGACGAGAAAAGACAGUGGAAAUCGUCCGUAAUUAGUAAAAGCCUUAGAAGAAUAUGUUGUACAGAGUCUCCAAGAACGAUGUAUGUAUUUUAUCAAUCCGUACGAUCUGAGUCUCCGGUAAUGCUAUUUUACUGCUAGAAGGGAUCUUGAAACGUCGAUACACGAGUGAUGAGGUAGGAAGAAAAAUCGGGGAUAUGGUCAGAGUAUUUUGACAAUAAAGAGAAUACUCUAUCAGAGGUGAAAUAAUUUUAGGAUUUCAUUAUUCCUGGCAAAUUCUUCAGAUUCUGAACCGUUCUAAUACUACAACUCUCGAAUUAUUCCAACACGGUUAGUGAAUUCUGAAAAUUCGAAAAAGUGAUGGAACCUUUCGUUACCAGAUUAUUUAUUAACUGGGGAAUCAGUAGUCGAUUCUGGUGAUAUUUGCGCCUUUUCGUUAUCGCUGACAAGUCGAGUCAAUUUUUAUGAAUGAAAAACAUUCUGUUGGGUUUCCUUCCUCGGGUUUCUUGCGGUGAUAUCAUUCGUGAAUUGUUAAACUGUAACGUGACAAUUCUGUACCGAUCCAGAACUUCGAAAUACCGGAAGAUGAAACUAAGAACUCAGACAGGCAUGACAAAGUGGAACACCGAGAAUUGAAGUUUUGGGGAUUUAUGUGGCCUACUUCGGCGUAGUCCUUCUCUCCAAGGAUACACAAGAAUGCUGAGGAGAUGAUUGGGUAUUAAGGUGAAGGUGUCAGUGGUUCUAGAAGUUACUGCCACCGUAAUUUUUGCCUAGUGAAAUGGAGAUAAAUGGAACAGACAGCAGCCUAAAUGGCACUGAGGCUAAUCGCACUACUUCUCCAGUCUUCAUUAUCAGCACGCGUUAUAUGACACAAUGGAAACGGGAGAGGCAACGGGAACGUCUUUGUCGCAUGUACAAUCAGAUUUUGACGGAAUGCUCGCAGCUAAAUGGAAGCUGGCCUGACCCGGAUGAUCCGCGCUGGAGCAGCGGGGAAUAUGUAGAACUUCUGUCAGACUGGUUUCCGUCAAAUAUUACCAACGGAACGAUAACAGGAAAUGCAACAACCUUAUCAACUGCGGAACCUUUUGCGCCUGUUCUACCGCCCUUCGAACUUUGGCAGACGAUACUGAUUGCUUUCUCCCUCGCAUUAUGCAUACUGUUAACUGUCGGCGGUAACAUUCUCGUCCUUCUGGCAUUUAUCGUAGAUAGGACCAUCAGACAACCGAGCAACUACUUCAUUGCCUCAUUAGCAGCUACUGAUAUGCUUAUUGGCACCGUCUCCAUGCCAUUCUACACGGUCUACGUUCUGAUGGGAUAUUGGAAUCUUGGGCCCUUGCUUUGCGAUUUAUGGCUGUCCGUAGAUUACACGGUAUGCCUGGUAUCCCAGUACACAGUAUUACUGAUUACGAUUGAUCGAUUUUGUUCAGUGAAAAUAGCGGCACGAUAUCGCAGCUGGCGCACGAAAAACCGCGUAAUCUGGAUGGUCACCAUUACUUGGAUUAUCCCAGCCUUGCUCUUCUUUAUCAGUAUUUUCGGUUGGGAACAUUUUAUCGGCUAUAGAGACUUAGAUCCUGGCCAGUGCACUGUUCAAUUUCUCAAAGAUCCUGUUUUUAACACUGCUCUUAUCAUUGGCUAUUAUUGGACGACACUCGUGGUUCUAUUUAUUCUUUACGGUGGUAUAUACAAGACAGCUUAUGACAUGCAGAAGAAGAGCGAGGCAAAACAGCGAAAGAUGCAAUCCAUGGUUGCUCUAAGUGCCGGUGCAAUGUCUGGCAUGGCAGGUCGUGCAGCAGGAAUAGGAAUAUCGAAGACACAGAGCACUCUUUUGAGCCAGGAUAAGCCAAAAUUGAGUGCAUCGGUUGAAGAAGGAACAGGUGGAGAUGGUUCAGGACAGAAAUCUUCCUCAAAGACUUCUGGAACUGGUGCAACCGAUUCGACUGAAAAGCAAGUGUAUGGAAGCACCGUCCCCACAGAGACAGAAAAAUCAGAAAGAUCUAGUAGUCCAGCGUUUGAUUCCGACGAAGAGAGCACUAUGGGCCCGGCUCAACAGCUCAGUAGCAUCAGAAAACGAUCCUCUCUAGCUGGACUGGUUGCUCAAUCUGGCGCUCUUCCAGUUUUCUCGACUAAUGGCCACUUAAAUGGAAUCGUACCCGCGAAGAUUGACAUGAACAUGCAGUCGAAAAAGUUUCUCUCGGUGAACUCGACGUGCGACAUAGGUACAACGACACAGAAAGCUCAGACAUUGCCAAAGAUCCAAGAAUUGAGUCUCUUAGAUACAGACAACGUGCUAGAUCCUGAGAAAUCGAGUAGUCAGACGUUGACACCUGAACAGUCUCACUGGAAUGGUGAUGGUCCCAAUCAACAGCAACCCUUGACCUCCGCUGAGACAUCACCACCCACUCAUCCUACUCGGUCUAUUAGCAGCAGCCAACAAAAUAUUAUACCACCGCCUACGCAAUUUCAAAGUAGUCCACAAGUCUCUGACAGUCCUUCUACUUCGUUAUCUGACAGACCUAAGUCACUCGUUGUGUCUUCUCAUGGCACUGGUACUUACGACAUUUUGACUGGCUUGGAUGGCGGAGACUUGAGAUACAUGGACGAGAGUUCGGUAAUUUUACCAAGUCCUUCUUACGAAAGUCCAUCGUCUUCUUUGUCGUACAGCUUAGCGAAUCCUCUAUCGAGUGCACCGUCAUCUCCAAUUUUAGGAAACGUGUCUGCAGCGCCGAAUACGAGUUUGUUACAAGCUGCUCUAAUCAGAGCUACGGCGCAACAAGUCAACAACCAACAAUCGGGUCAGAAUAAACAAAGUCAGCCUCAACCGGUGAUGUCUAAUGCAUCCAGUCAGACGCAUCCUCCUCGUGUAUUCAUCACUCAGAAAUCAAACGCUGCUUCUCAGACCUCACCAACCGUUAGCAAAGUGCAUACAGAGGUUACAGUAAAGGCGAAGGACACGAAGCAACAGCCUGUGACGACCAUUGUCAGCACACCUACAGUGGAAAAUUUUAACAGCGCGAUGAAUCAGUUUUCGGAUCCGGAUACGAAGGUCAAUCCUCCUCAGAAUUCAUCCUCUAGCGGUAGCAUGGUUCCAACGAUCUCUGGCACAACAGGAAACGAACAGGAUCCAAAGAAACAAUCGAAGAAAAAAGAUUGUAGAAGCAACGAGGAAGGUGGGUCCAGGAAAGAUUUCGUGAAGACAAUUGGCAAACGUUUGAAGACCAAGACGCAAAGAAGGGAUCCUUUAUUAGGACGACAGAAGUCUCGAACAGAGAAUAGAGCCAGAAAAGCGUUUAGGACGAUAUCUUUUAUUCUGGGCGCGUUUGUCGCCUGUUGGACACCGUACCACAUUUUGGCGCUAGUGGAGGGUUUCUGUUCGAACAAACCGUGCACGAACGAACAUCUAUUCAUGUUCUCAUACUUCCUGUGUUACACUAACAGUCCUAUUAACCCAUUUUGUUACGCCUUGGCUAACCAGCAGUUUAAGAAGACUUUCACGAGAAUAUUGAAGGGUGACCUGCACAUGACGUAAAAGAAAGGAUAAAGAUGGAAGGAGACGAGGAGGAGAUAGAAGAUGUAGCUUGGAGGUGAAUAUUACGAAGAAGAAGGCCUUCCAUGAUUAAAUACCGAAUUAUAUUUACACGCCAUGAUUAUGGUUAAAUUGGAGAAUAACGUAGUAAACAGUUUAAAUACAGACGAGUCGUGUAUCGUGUGCUUCAUGUAUAUAGUGAUAGAGGAUGCGUUGGUGUAGUUUUAGAUCGCAGUCAAGGAUGUACAUAAUGUAUAUGUAUGAAUAUUUGUUAAAUUCUUGUGCAGAAACAUGCGUAAGCAACAUGUAGAAAAAUAACGUAUUUAGAUAGCUUUAGGUAACUGUGCGUAUUACAAUAAUAAUCGCUACGAUAAGUGCUUCAAUAUAUAUAUAUAU